AUGGUUCUUGUAGAUGGUGUAUUCAUCAUUGAGCUGUUCUUGUUGAAUCGUUUCCCGAAAAGGAGGGCCGAGAAUGAUAUCAUCUUCGACAAGCAAAAACAGUGGAUGCUCACCGACUUGAGAAGAGAACCGGAGAGGAUAUUCGACUCCAAUGUCAAGCAUUUAUUGGAUGCUUUAAGAUCUUCGUACUUACCCACCACGCGUAAGGCACUACACGAUGGAAGAAAGAAGAUCGAAGCAAUACCUAGGGCAUCGCUGCUUCAAGCAGCCGGAGUGAAGUUCAGGAUGAGCAAGAGCCACUGCCUAUUUGACAUCAAAUUCUCAAAGGGUGUUCUUGAAAUCCCAUGUUUCAAGCUAUUUCCUUGGACCGAGUCUUUUCUCAGGAAUAUCAUGGCUUUUGAGCAGUCAUAUUACAGGGAUGAUAGUUACUUCAUAGAUUACAUAGCAUUCUUGGGGAAUCUCAUCAACACUAGAGCCGAUGCGAAGCUGCUGAUCCAGAAAGGGAUAAUCAAUAUUGAGAACUGGUUGGGAAAUGAUGAGACAUUGGCAAAUCUUUUCAACAGUUUUGGAAAGGAGAGUGGGGUUUGGAAGAGGAACAUUGGUUUCUGCAGUGUUCGGCAGGAUCUGAAAGCUUAUUGCAGAACUCCUUGGCACAAGUGGAAGGUUAGCAUGAAACGCGAUUCCAUGUCCAAGAAGAAGCUUCAAGUUUGA